AAGGAGCCUCUAUAAAUAGAUUGAGGUGAGUUGCAUUGUUUCAUUCAUCAGAGAAUUCAUAACACAAGCAAGCAGUGAACAUAUGAUGAGCACCUUAAUUAGCUGGGGUUCAACAGAACGUACCAACUGCAUUACUACAAAGGAAAGAGAAGACAUGGAAGUUGGUAUGUCAUCACAAAAUACGCUGCACAUGAAUAGUGGUGUAGGAGACAAAAGCUAUGCACAUAACUCUUUCUUUCAAAAAAAGGCAAUCAUCAAGGCAAAACCAAUAUUAGAAGAAAGUAUCACAAGACUCUAUUAUAAUAUUCUUCCCAAGUGUUUAAAGGUUGCUGAUUUAGGGUGUUCUUCAGGACCAAAUACUCUUGAAGUGAUAUAUAAUAUCAUCAACAUUGUUUACAAUACUAGCUCCAACUUGAAUCUUAGCUCACCUGAUUUCCAAUUUUAUUUGAAUGAUCUAUUUGAAAGUGAUUUCAAUACUAUUUUCAAAUCACUCCCUCAAUUCUACAAAACAUUGGAAGGGAAGAAGGGAAACAAGAUUGGUCCAUGUUUCAUUAAUGCAACUCCUGGAACGUUCUACAAGAGGCUGUUUCCUACUUCUUCCAUGCACUUCUUUCAUUGUUCUUAUAGUCUACAUUGGCUUUCUCAGUCUCCAGAGGAGUUGACUAUUGAUGGAGGUGGAACAGUGGAAAGAGACGGCAUAUAUUUAACAAGCACAAGCCCAAUAGGAAUGCAGAAAGCAUAUCUUGGCCAAUUCCAAAGAAACUUGAAAGCAUUUCUGAAAUCACGUUCAGAAGAAUUGGUAACAGGGGGUGAGAUGGUUUUGACAUUUAUUGGAAGGCAAAAUAAUACUUCUGAAAUCAGAGCUACUUGGAACUUAUUGGGCCUUGCACUUAAUGAAAUGCUCUUAGAGAAUUUGAUUGAAAAGGAAACUUUGAAAUCCUUCAAUAUCCCAAAUUAUGACCCUUCAAUAGAAGAAGUUAAAGAAAUAAUUGAGGAAGAAGGGUCUUUCAUUCUUCACAAAGUGGAAACUAUCUGGAUGGGUUGGCAUGGCAACAUGAUGAAUAAUGAAGAAGGUGCUAAUGGCAACAAACUUGAUGAGAAUAUGACAGGGGAGUUUAUAGCUAAAUACAUUAGAGCUGUUACUGAACCCCUUUUAAAGGCUCAUUUUGGACAAAGGAUCAUGGAUGAGUUGUUCCUUAGGUUUAAAGAUAAGGCUGCCCAACUUCUUAGGGAGAUUCAAAUAUUGGAAUUUCCAAAUUUUAUAGUGUCUCUUAUUAAAAAUGCUUAAUAUAAAGGUAUGUAUUGUUAUGUGGCUCACAUUUAUUGUUCUUUUAUUAACUUUUUUUCUUC